AUGUUAUAUUCCGGAAGAAGAUUUCUAGUUCCCAUAUUAAAAAAAUGCACACGAGCCUAUAGCGAUAAUGUGACACCAGUAAAAAUGGCCUAUAACCUGUUCGAAGGAUCCAAUACCGACAUGUCACGACCACCGUUGGUAAUAAUGCAUGGUUUGUUUGGUUCGAAACAAAACUGGAGGGCAGUUGGAAAAGCGCUGCAGGCGAAAACAAAUCGCAAAAUCAUUACGGUUGAUGCCCGCAAUCAUGGUGAUUCUCCCCACACCGCCGAACAUAGUUCCAUGCAUAUGGCUGCUGAUAUAGUUCAUCUUAUGCAACAAUUGGACAUUAAGAAAAUCUCCGUCAUGGGACAUAGUAUGGGCGGCCGAACAAUGAUGUAUAUGGCUCUCAAAUAUCCCGAAUUGGUCGAUAGUGGUGUUAUUGUCGAUAUAUCGCCGCUGACAUUGCCUAGAGAUUUCUAUGAAAUGGAACAGAUUUUUAAUGCAAUGUUAAAUUUGCGUGUACCCACCGAUUUAAAUAUGGCCGAUGGUCGUAAAUAUGCCGAAGUGGAAAUGAAGAAGGCCGUUUCUUCGAAGGAAACCAUUGACUUUAUAUUAUUAAAUUUAAGAAAGAAUCCUGAUGGCACUUUCCGUUGGGCAGCAAAUGUUCAAACUUUGUACAAUCAUUUGAGAUUAUUUUCGGAUUUUGAAUCCCAUAUUGCGGGGCUGCAGCCAUAUAAUGGUCGUACGAUGUUCAUUUGUGGCAAUAAAUCAAAUUUUGUUGAUCCCAAAAGUUGGCCACAAAUACAAAAAAUAUUUCCCAAUUCUGAUAUACAUUGGUUGGACGCCGGUCAUUUGGUGCAUUUUGAACAACCGGCUAAAUUUGUUGAAUUACUGGUGAAUUUCUUAAAGCAAUAA